GGGCGUGUUUGGUCAUUCGGUGGGCGAAAAUGGUGUAGUUUUCACUCAAAUGCCAGGAAAAACCCGUUUGUUCUAUGAAAGAGUGGAUUUCGAAUCCAGCAUAUAGAAGGACUGGACCCUUUCAGGAAAUUGCAAGAUGCCACGGCAGCACGGAUGAUGCGUGGGAUAAUAAGCCUCGUUGGGACUGUGUGCCGUGUAUAGUCCGUAUUGCUCCUUCCUCCUUCACAUCCAUCUGCAGGAGGGGGAGGAGGAUCCACAAUAGCUGCCUCGCAUCCAGCCGAGCCAAGGGAAGCGGAUGGGAUGCGGAUUUGAUGAAAGUGCAUCUACUGUGGGUCCUUCAGCUUCUCUAAAGACAUUGGAACUCUGACGCGCGACUGUCCCCACUGGGCCAUUUCUUGCUGUUCCAUUCCUCCGUGCUGAAGGUUGUGGGACAGCAUCUUCAUCCAAUGAAGCGCAAUUUUCCUGGGGAUGCAGAUUUCCACAGAGGAGGUUUUUUUCUUGACUGGAUAGAGGGCCUGUUAGACACGGCGUUUAGCAUGCGUACCGCGAGGAAACCCCUCCUCUUCGCCAUCCUGGUGUCGGUGGUUCUGGUGCUGGCUCUUAUCCACAUGUGGUCCACCUGCGUGUCCACCACGGUAGACGUCUGGCAGCGACAUGAUCUUCUCGAGAAGCACACCGACCAACUGCGGCAAGCCGACCCCCAACUGAGCGCCAUCCCCUUCCACGUGCGUGAGAGUGUAGCGAGCUUGUUGGGACGCAACGGAUGCGUGUGCGAGAGCCAAGGCGUCCACCUGCCCUACCUGCAAAUGCUCACCUCGUGGGUGUCGGCUCAGCCGCUGCACACGGCCUUCCAGGCCUCGGAGCUGGAGGAGGUGAAGAGGAGGCGGGACCAGGAGUUCAAGAGUUUCCAGAGCAGGUCAUACACGCCCGCGGAUACGCUCAUCACAGCUGAGGCUAACAAUCCUUUGCAGUAUCCCACGCAGGGAGUGGAGGUGCGGCCGAUGAAGACCAUCAUCAUCCCAGGUUUGGCCUUACAUGCCCCCCCCAGAGACCGCUACUCGAUCAACCUCACCGCCACGCUGGGGACCCUGAAUGUGGCCGCCGAGGUGCAAGGGGUUCAAAUCCGGGGCGACGGAAAGAUGCACAUGUCUCUGUCCAGCGACGUACUGACCAACCUCAACCGCCAGCUGCAGUUUGUCACCUACACCAACACCAUCUUCCACCCCAGCACCGCCGACGCAGUGCACGUGGAGACGGAGGGCCAUGGCGCCAACUUCAUCAUCAAAGUCCGCCACGGCGUGAGACCCAAACUCUACAACACAGGACCCCGAGGAGAGUACAACAUCAGCACUCUGGUCACCAUCUUAACAAAGACCUUCCUGCGUUACGACAAGCUUCAAAACCUCAUCGACAGCGUGAGGAAAUUCUAUCCCACCGUGACCAUCAUCAUCGCCGACGACAGUAAAAAUCCCCAGACCAUUUCGGGACCUUACAUUGAGCAUUACAUCAUGCCUUUUGGAAAGGGGUGGUUUGCUGGCCGAAACCUGGCCCUGUCCCAGGCGACCACCAAGUAUGUGCUGUGGGUGGAUGAUGACUUCAUCUUCACCAGCAGCACCAAGCUGGAGAAACUUGUGGAUGUCUUAGAGAGGACCACCUUGGACCUGGUGGGAAACACACACACACACACACACACACACCUUUGCUGCUUGACCUUUCUGACAUCCUACCUGUGUGUGUGUGUGUGUGUGUGUGUGUGUGUGCAGGUGGGCGGCGCAGUGCGGGAGGUGACGGGGUACACCAGCAGCUACAGGCAUACCAUGUCCAUUGAAUCGGGGGAGGAGGAUGGCGACUGUCUGCACAUCCGGAGAGGCUUUUAUCACGGCAUCCAAGGCUUCCCCAACUGCGUGGUGACAGACGGGGUCAUCAAUUUCUUCCUGGCUCGCACCGACAAGCUGCAGCAGGUCGGCUUCGACCCGCAACUCAACAGGGUGGCCCACCUGGAGUUUUUCAUCGAGGGCCUGGGGUCUCUCCACGUGGGCUCUUGUGACGAUGUCGUCGUCGGCCAUGCCAGCAAGAUCAAAGUCCCCUGGGUCGCCCAGUCGGAAAGCGACAAGGCCUACGCCAGCUUCCGGUACGCGGCGACCUCCCCCAGCAGAUUCGGCCUGAUGUACUUCAAGUAUCGACUGCAAUGUCUGACUCACAGCAACUAGUUUGGGCUUUU